UGACAGAACAGUGACUACUGAUAAGGUCCUUAAAAACAAACAAAUGCCUGUGCAAAGUGUGACUUUUAACACCAAGGCAUUCUGUGACAGGACGCGUGCGACAUAGCUGUGACGUUAAGGUUGUGAGAUCGCAUAUAAGCGUCUCCACUUUUCAUUGGAGACAAAAACCGAGGUUGAUUCGGGGGAACUGUCACCAUCUGAAAGAAGGAUACAAUGCAAGACAGCGGCUAUACUAGAACCAAAGGAAUCGCAGGUGAACGCUGCAUCAUGACAAAACAGGAACAUAGUCCACAGAGAAUAACGAAUCUGUGGAGGCCCUGGUGUCUCCAAAGUGAAUCAAGGAGGAAGGAAAGGAGAACGAAUAAUUUUCCUUACCCCAGUCCAAUGGUAAAUGUACCAGGCAUGAAGCACACUGAAACUGUUCAUCCUGCAAAGCUCUUCUGGCCCAGAUCAAAGUGCUAUGACUAUUUAUAUCAUGAAGCAGAAAUCCUGUUGAGAAACUAUCCAGUUCAAGCGACGAUUUCAUUCUACGAGGAUUCCAGUACUGACACUGAUAGUGAUUCAGAUGAGGAAGACGAGCUGAAUUAAAUAUACAAGCAUAAUGAAAAAAGACUGUCCUAAGUAUUUUCCCGACUGCUUAUAAUGUGUGCACGGAACUGUGUUCUCAUGUAACUGUUAGUGUUGUUGAUUCAUAGUUCAAUAAUUCCAGUUAGGAAGAUAUUGGUUCAAAGGUGCGGCCUUAUAGAUAAUAAAACUGAGCAACA